AAAAAUGAUAUGAGCGACAAAAAAUGAUAUAUCAGUGACAAAAACUGAUGUCAGUGUCAAAAAACGAUAUCAGUGACAGAAAAUGAUAUGAGUGACAAAAACUGAUAUGAGUAACAAAAAGUGAUAUGAGUAACAAAAAAUGAUAUGAGUGACAAAAACUGAUAUGAGUAACAAAAAAUGAUAUGAGUAACAAAAAAUGAUAUGAGUAACAAAAAAUGAUAUGAGUGACAAGAAAUGAUGAGUGACAAAAAAUGAUAUAGGUGACAAAAAUUGAUAUCAGUGACAAAAAUUGAUAUCAGUGACAAAAACUGUGAUGUCAGUGACAAAAAAUGAUAUCAGUGACAAAAAAUGAUAUCAGUGACAAAAAAUGAUAUCAGUGACAAAAAAUGAUAUCACUAUCAGUGACAAAAAAGAUAUCUGUGAUAUAUCGUUUUUUUAUGUCACCCUAUUAUCGCCCUGAUGAAGGCACAGGUAUGUGAUAUACUACUGUACGAAUAAUUAAUAAGCUCUCUAAUCUUAUCUAGCGUCAAUGGAAACCGAAGAAGCAGCCGCACUCAGCGAGGCUUAUGCAAACGCGUCAUCAGUUUCAAUCAAUAUUCAGCAAGAACAAGACAGCCUGAAUAGAUUAGUUGGAGAUCACAAGCUGGUUAUAAGGUAACAGAAAAAUAACGGCCUAAGGGAGCGAUCAUUAUUUUUGGGGGGAAGGGUGGCACCGAAUGUUUUUGUUGGUAAAAUUUUUGCUUUUCUACCAGUAAAAAGUCAACUCAACCCCAACUUUCAAUUAAAAACUAAAUACCCACCCCUGGCCAAAAACGUUACAAAAGGUUACCAUUGAGUUGUCGCACAUGUCCUUUACCACUUCUGUGACAUGAGUUUGAUAAUUGCUUGUGCAAUUUUCUGCAGUCUAAAGUUUCAUGUUGUCUGCACAUGUAUUUUCUUUGGUAAUACCAUUUGUCUCGUGACAAAUCGGAAAAUGAUCAAGAUAGUGACUCUGAUUGAUUGAUUGAUUGAUUGAUUGAUUGAUUGAUUGAUUGAUUGAUUGAUUGAUUGAUUGACAUAUUGUAUUGACAUAUGACUGUUGACAUUGCUUUUUAGUCUUCAAUAUUUGAGUGAGUCUGGCUUUGGAAAUGACAAUAAAUUUUUAUUACCCAACCCUUGAGUUGUACAUAAUUUACUCACCAUUUCCACCAAAAUGCUCCCAAUGCUGACGUUCUAACACUGAGAAUGAAUUAACCUGAUUAUAUCAAUUUCUCUUUGUUUUGUAGUUUACUGCCAUUUACAUUCCAUCCUCAAGUUGCUCAGAUGUGUAUCCAACAUAAGGUGAAUCUCGUGACUGCAAGCUACGCCUCUCCUGACAUGAAGAAACUUCAUCAAAGGUAA